AACCGUGGAACAUUCGUUUGUUUGAUUUCAUUUAGUGACCACCUACCCGGGUAGAAAGCAUUGCACAGAAUGUUCAAAUAUCUCAUCUUUUUCGCCGCCAUCGGUCUCAGCGUGGCCGUCAUACCACGUCGUCCUUUUUAUGGGCAAAGUAGCGGUGGUCACAGCAGCAGCAGUUCGCGUGCCUCUGGUGAUGAAAGGAACGCUGAGAUAAAGUCAAUGCAUUCUGAAGUACGUGCCGAUGGUUUCGACUACGCGCUCGAGACCAGCAAUGGCAUUAAAUCUACAAGAUCAGGCGAUGCUAAUGGCAAUAUCCAAGGCGGUUUCCAAUGGAUUUCACCCGAUGGCCAACAGAUGCAAAUCUCAUAUGUUGCCGAUGAGAAUGGCUAUCAGCCGAAGGGUGAUCUUCUACCGACCCCACCACCAAUUCCAGAUGCUAUUCUUCGUGCACUCGAGUACAUACGCACUCAUCCACCGAAAGAGGAAUCAAAGCGUCCAUUAAGGCCUUCAGCACCUUCUUCCUACACACCACCCAAGAGAACCACUAUCCGACCAAGACCAAGAUAUUAGAUGAAGCUUGGAAGACGGAGAGGUAGAUCGUGCAAAUUCGGGGAAUAAAGCGGAAUUAUUUGAAUUUUACUGUGCGUGGGUACGAUUUUUUUUUUAUCGAAAUAAAAAAUUAAAACUUUGUAA